ACUCUGGCUAAAAACAAGCCGAUCAGCUGAUGUAAAAGCAACAACAUCUACAGUGGUCUGACACAGAAGAGCCCUGCAAGCUAACUUUCUCCACAACAUUAGCUGUAUGUGGCAGUCAGCUGUAGCCGUUAGACUGUGUACGUGUCUAGUUUUAGACUGUGUCGAGGCAGCAUUUUAUUUAGCCGUCGUCCGUCAGAUUGAUAGCCACUGCUAGGUCAGUCGACUGAAGCGAAGGUUGUUUGUUUCUUCAGAAAGUGUCUUCAAUUGUGAUGGUUAGUGACAAAAUAAAACUAUUUAUUACUGCUUUUCAGAACGUGUUUUUUUGAGAAAUGAUGGCCCACAUUGACUGGGCUACUUUAAAAUAGUAACUUGGCAUAAACAAGUUAGCUGCAGCAUUACAAAAACAAGAGAGGGGAUGCAGGGCAGCUAACGUUAGCUAGCAAACUGUUGUGCCAAAACAUAAAGUCAUUUACUUGUCUUUAACAAGUGCGUUUACAUUGAUACCUGUUCUUGUUUACUACUGACUGAAUAUCCUCAUUGUAACCGAGGGGUAUCCACUGACCUGUCCAUUUUUUUGACAUGAGUGGUCAAAGUCCAGCUGUAGAUAAAGGGAUGAACACAUUGCUGGGCUGUCAGGAGAGCUACGCCUGCGGGGGUUCUGACGAGGCUGCGUUUGAGUGCGAUGAAUGCGGCAGCCUGCAGUGUGCCCGCUGCGAACUGGAGCUCCAUCGCCAGGAGCGGAUGAGGAACCACGACCGGGUUCGGAUUGCACCCGGCCACGUCCCUUUCUGUGACUCGUGCAAAGGGGACAGCAGCUGCCCCGUGAACGGUGGACGGCUCAGGGCGGUGGUGCGCUGCCAGGGCUGCAAGAUCAACCUGUGUUUGGACUGCCAGAAACGCACCCACAGUGGGGUCAACAAGAGGAAGCACCCUAUGACACCUUACCCUCCUGCACAAGCUCCCCAGGACAACAGCAUGGCUGCAGGGGAGUCACAGAUGGAGAUACUGAAGGCCGAGCUGGAGAAAGUGUGCAGCUUCAUCUUGGUGGACGAGAAGGAGGAGAUGCAGGUGAAGGAUGAGGACGACUUUGUGAGCAGACUGCGCUGCAAGCCGGAUGAGCUCCUAAAGGUGGUCUCCAUCUUUGGAAACACUGGGGAGGGCAAGUCUCACACCCUGAACCAUACUUUCUUCCUUGGACGAGAAGUUUUCAAGACCUCUCCCACCCAGGAGUCCUGCACCGUGGGUGUGUGGGCCGCCAUGGACCCUGUGCACCGGGUGGUAGUCAUCGACACGGAAGGACUGCUUGGAGCUGGAGCAAAUCAGGGUCAGCGAACACGCCUGCUCCUUAAAGUCCUGGCCAUCUGUGAUGUGGUGAUCUACCGAACCCAUGCAGACCGUCUCCACGACGAUCUAUUCAAGUUCCUAGGCGAUGCAUCAGACGCUUACCUGAAACAUUUCACCAAAGAGCUGAAAGCGACUACCACCCGCUGUGGUCUAGAUGUCCCCUUGUCCACUCUGGGCCCUGCUGUAAUCAUCUUUCAUGAGACUGUCCACACCAAGCUCCUAGGAUCAGACAAACCCUCAGAAUCGGUGGAGCGUCUUCUCCAGGAGCGUUUCAGGAAGCUGGGUCUGUUUCCAGAAGCGUUUAGCUCUAUCCAGUACCGUGGGACUCGCACAUACAACCCUCCCACGGACUUCAGCGGUUUACUGCACAGCCUGGAGCAGCAGCUGGACAACAACACCACCCGCUCGCCGCGCUCCGCCAGCGUCAUCUACAAGGCCCUGCAGGCCCUGAGCGAUCGCUUUAGCGGGGAGAUAGCCGAUGAACACAUGGCCAGUAACUCAUUCUUUCCAGAUGAGUACUUCACCUGCUCUAGCCUCUGCCUCAGCUGUGGUUCAGGCUGUAAGAGAAGCAUGAAUCACCUCAAGGAAGGUCUCGACCACGAAGCCAAACACCGCUGCCGCUACUCUGCACAGUACGACAACCGCAUCUACACCUGCAAGGCCUGCUAUGAAGGAGGAAAGGAGGUCAUAGUGGUUCCCAAAACGACGGCCUCGUCUGACUCACCGUGGUUUGGCUUGGCCAUCUACGCCUGGUCUGGGUAUGUAAUCGAGUGCCCCAACUGUGCAGUGAUCUACAGAAGCAGGCAGUACUGGUACGGUAACCAGGACCCAGUGGAAACAGUGGUCAGAACAGAGAUCCAGCACAUCUGGCCCGGGUCUGACGGUUUUUUGAAAGACAACAACAACGCCGCCCAGAGGUUGCUGGAUGGAGUCAAAUACAUUUCUCAGUCAGUGUCUGAACUCAGCGUGAAGCCAGCCAAAGCCGUCACCUCCUGGCUCACCGACCAGAUCGCUCCUACCUACUGGACACCAAACUCCCUUAUCACGAAAUGCACUAAAUGUGGGGAGGAGUUCCAGGCCAAUGACACAAAGCACCACUGUCGUGCCUGCGGAGAGGGUUUCUGCGACUCCUGCUCCUCAAAAACCCGUCCGGUCCCGGAGAGAGGCUGGGGCCUCGCACCUGUCCGAGUCUGUGACGCGUGUUUCCACAACAGAGAAAUUUCCACUGAGUUACUGGACGCUGCCUUGGAAGAGGAGGGAGGCACCCUGAUAGCGAGGAAGGUGGGGGAGGCGGUGCAGAACACUUUAGGAGCUGUAGUGGGUGCCAUUGACAUCCCUCUGGGCCUAAUGAAGGACGCUGCCCGCCCGGCCUACUGGGUCCCAGAUCAGGACAUCCACUCCUGCAGCGAGUGCCAGAAGGAGUUCUCCCCACGCCUCUCCAUCCACCACUGCCGCGCCUGUGGACAGGGCGUGUGCGGCGACUGCUCCCUGGAGCGCCGCACCGUGCCCUCCCGUGGCUGGGAUCACCUGGUGAGGGUGUGCAACGGCUGCAACCAAAAACCCGGGGAGCUCUAGCAGGACGAGGACCAGGAGUCAGAGGAGGAGGCUGUUUAAGGACGCCUGUCGGUAAACUGGAAUUGACGACAUUUGGCUCAAAGGCUUCAGUUCCAUUUUUGUCUCUUUUUAGCGGCAUUUCUUGGCUGCCAGUAGACUGUCUGUGGCAGGUUUGACUUAUUGUUUUUUAAAAGGGUUCGUCAGUACCUUAAUGUUCUUUCACUUAAAUAUGCCUAUAUUUUACACUGUGAAGAAUGUCAGACAGAGGAGGAGAGAGGAGAGAUAAAACUGCUUGCCCGUGUUUUAUGAAAGUUAGUUUUAAGUGUACAAGCUUAAAAUUGAGUGCGGUAAAUACCCAUGUACCCCUAAUCCUUUUAAUACCUGUACUGAUGUACAACCCCUUUGACAAUCCCUCCCAGUGUGACCCACUAGUACUAUUAGCAGCUUUUUCCUACAUAUGGGAACUGUUUAAAAGUAGAUGCGUCUUAAACUGAUUCCAGGUAAGCAUUAUUAUUCUGAGAAUGUUUCUGCUGGAGCCCUGGAUUUAGCAUUACAGAAAAACCCUAAAAGAAUGAUCCACCAAAAUGAAUUAGGGUCCUUUUUUAAAUGGAUUUACAGUAGUUUCUCCUAGAACAAUCAGAAGCCAAUAAUGUACUGUAGCACGGAGAUGCAUUCCUACUUAUAGAAUGACUUAACUUCUUAUAAUCCCUCCUUACUGUGUGGUUGUUUGUGCAUUUGAAUGGGCAGAUCAGCCUUAAUAAUGCUGUCCACAUUGUUUAAAUUGAACAUAGGACAUACAUAUAUGGGGAAAUGGUUUACUAUAAUAGGGAUAUUUUUUUGAAAGGCCUGUGUUGUUAUUAAAAUGUUAAAUGUACUAUCUAUACACAUCCGAUGAACUAUAACAGGAACUGCUUUUAUAGAGUGGCUGGCUCACAGUAGCAAUAUGGAACAGAAAAAAACCAACUUGAAAACAUCUUUGAGGCUGGCCCCUCAAAUCAAGGAAAAUAUUUAGAGUAAAACGUUUACUCUGUCGACUCAGGCUGUGUAGCUAGUUAGCUAGGGGCAACGUUUGAGACUGUACUGUACAAUUAUCUGACAAAUACAUGCAGCUAGGGCUUCCGACUGAACACUAAGGCCUGGUUAGGACUGGAUUUAUUUUAUUUUUUAAAGUGACUGAUUGGGAGAGUUGGUUACCAUUUCAACAAAAACUGAAUCUUAUUACCGUCCCUAUCUCAGAGAAAGAUGUUUAAUGAAUGCGAAAUAUCAAAAGGAACAAAUCAAUACCUUUAUGCUCAUACAGUAUGUAAUAAACUGCAGAAACUCA